AGAGUCAUCAAUAGGCUGGGUGGCAAUAUGCUGUGUACAUCUAACUAUAAACAAUUUAACGACAUAACUGCUGCUCCAUGAAGACAUAUAGUUACUGAAACAUCAUCAUAAUGUACGUGUGUCUGGUUUUGUUUUGUAGACGAUGUCACUGUGUCUUCAGCUCUAUCAGGGUUGCAGCAGGAUGAUAAGAAAUCAGGAACAGAAGCAAGAGGAUGAAUUUAUUGCAGUCAGAGUGCAAGACCCGAGAGUCCAAAAUGAGGAAUCCUGGUAUUCGUACGUAGAUUUUAAAAUAUUCCUUCAUUCAAACAGCAAGGCUUUCACUGCAAAGACCUCGUGCGUGCGCCGGAGAUACAGCGAGUUCGUCUGGCUGAAAAAGAAGCUGCAGAAGAACUCUGGCUUAGUGCCAGUCCCAGAGCUUCCACCCAAAACCCCCUUUUUCAGCGUCAACAACGACGACUUCAUCGAGAAGAGACGGGAAGGACUCCAACAGUUUCUAGAGAAAGUGGUGAACAGGACUGUGUUCCUGUCGGACAGCCAGCUCCACCUCUUCCUGCAGACCCAGCUCUCUCCAGCCCAGAUCGAGGCCUGCGUUCAGGGACACGCCCCCUGCAGCGUCACCACCGCCAUCCUCCGCUACGCCUCGUCCAAUCAGGGAUGUGCUCAGGAGGAGGGGGGUUGGGCCAUGCAGGAGGACCACGAGCGCAUCCUCCCCCUCUUUUACGAGUCACCUGACAGCCCCGCCCCUCACCUCCAGCCCAGCGAAUGCGAAAGCAGCUCUGAGAUCAGCCUGGUGGAGAGCGACGCCCACGCUUAGAUCCGACGGCCAAUCGGAAUGCAGGGACUGAACUUUUAGUCACGGCAAGAUUCCAAACACUGUUGUAAAUGCACACGAAGAAAAAAAGUUCAAGCAUUAUAAAAAAAGAAAAAAACUAAAAAGGGGAACAAAUUUCUAGUUUUGGCAUCCCUCCACGCACAUUGGAAAAACAAGAUUUGUUUCAACGUAUUUUUUUUACAGUCCAGUACUGUUGGAUAUUGAGUUGCAUAAUGCCUGUUAUUAAAUCAUAUGCACAAUUCAGGUUAAAACAAUUGCAAGUCUCACUUAAUGUGUUCCAUUGCAAAUCUGUAGCAGUGCAAAGUAUAGGAAAGGAUUUCUCUUCUAGCUAGUAGUGGAAGGAUUUAAUUCAACACAUUUUUUUUUGUAUAUAAAUUUAGAGUGCCCAAUUAUUUUACCCCUGGCUUUCGCCCCAGUUUAGAAUACUCAAUACUCCCCUGCACUGUAUGAUUCAUCACACGGCCGUUCCUUUACCAUGGGAGACACAGGACGGGACGGACAGACGACCCCAAUCUUUUACCCUCUUAAAUAAUUUACAUACACAUUAUUGAUUUAAAAAAAAAAAGAAAUAAUAUAUAUUUUUUUCGUAUUCAUACAUUUUCAUCCUGUUUUUAUCGUCGUUCAGUUUGAGAUUGGUUUUGUUUUUUUAAAUGGGGAGCAUUAAACUACUUCCCGUUUACAUAUACAUUUCAUAAUUUCAAUUUCAGUCAAUGUUUUAAUUGACACGCUCGGUUGCCGUGGACAUUGGAACCUUUUAAAAUAACAUUCAGCACUUAAAAAUAAUAAUAAAAAAGUGUAUAUAUAUAAAAAAUAAAUGUAGAUGCAGAAGAUUAACAAGAUUGCAUGCAUUUCUGAGUCACACAGCCUGCUCGUAGGACUGCUGUUUUUAUGUUAAGCAUUUUUGUGUGUGUGUGUGUGUUUUUUUAGAAGGGUUUAAUUAAGUAACAGCCACAAUUGUUUGUGUCAGACUUGUUGAAAGUCUGUAACAAAAUGGUUGAUUGUUAGUGUCGGCAUCGUGCAGUCAAAUACCACAGACAAGGGGAAAGGGGGACGCAGUCCAAAAACAUUGAGAACCGCUGGUCGAAACUGUUUACUUUCUGUUCAGUACGUUUUUGUGCAUCAUUUGAUACCUUUACCCAAUUGUGUUUUGUGUUUAACCCAAUGUAAUGCAUUGGUGAUUAUAUAGAGAUAGAUAGAUAGAUAGAUAGAUAGAUAGAUAGAUAAUGGUUAGAUCUUGAACAUGGCAUUGUGUUAACUAAAAACAUCCGAUGGAAUUUAAUAUAGGGCUCUCUCUGUGCAUUUGGGAUUUCAGCGUGCAAUAGAGGCUAGCUUUUUUUUUUUUUUAGAAUCGAAAAUCUCAUGAACGUAUGUGUUUUGCAUGUAUUUACCUUUUAUUUUAUAUCACAAUUUAAAAAAAAAAUGUUUACGAUUAACACCUGUUUAUGAACGCUGUGGGGCAGCCAUGUAUAUGCAUUUUAAAGAAUGGCAUGCAUGGCUUGGUAGAAUUGUGGGAGUGACUGAAAGGAAUAUUACAAUAAGCAAAGUAAGCCUAUAGUUACUUUAUUUUGCAUAAUGCUAAACAAAUUGGCAUUGCAUACCCUAAUGUUUUAUGAUCCAACUGCAGCCACUGCUGGGUUAAUGUAUAAAAUGCAAUUAAUAUUGUCCCUAAUUACUGAGCCUAUUUUGCAGGACAGUCCAACUGUGGCACUGAUCACCGUCUUAGACAGCGAUACAAGGUCCUGGCUUUCCCUUCAAGGCUGAUUUGCUGCAUGACAGUUUGACCAGGCUGUGUACCUUACAGUACUAUUUCAGAAAAGUCAUUCCCUUUUAGAUACUGUACAGAAUGUGACUGACCUGCUGUUUGUACUGACUGGGUAUUCUCCACGUUAUUGAAAUGCAUUGCUUUUUAUGUAUUAAAGUGUGUGCAGCACUUCAGUUGCUGCACUUGGCAUGGAUGCAGUGCAAUAAGAACAUAUUUGAAUUA